AUGACGACGCCCCAGCUUCCGCAGCUCCAGCACCUGACCCCCGUACCGCUCGUCCCCACGCGGUCCUCGCAGGCCGCGGCCCCGAUCUCGUUCCUCGAGACCGUCGACCGCGUCGAGAUCAACGCGACCGUCGUGCGGCAUGACGUCGUCUACUACGUCGUGGACGUCUUCCUGCUGCACCACACGUCGCGCAUCCCGACGCUCAACACGCCCACGGCCAGCGCCUCGCAGCCGGACUACCAGGUGCUGCACCGCUUAUCGGACUUCGCCGAGCUGCGCUACCAGGCCUGGGCCUACGCGCAGCGCAAGCACGAGGACGGCCACAUCUGCAAGUACUGCAGCAAGUACAUGCACUUCAUCCUCUACUCGCUGUCGCAGCCGCGGCUCUACGUCAAGCUCGGCGCCGGCGUCGAGCGCCGCAAGAAGGUGCUCAAGAGCUUCUGCAACGCCUUCGUGGCCAUGGCGCUCAGCAGCAAGACGGAGCCCCACUCGAGAGACGCCGCGUGCGACGGCUGCCAGGCCAUCCCGCACCUCGUCGAGUGCUUCCUGCGCAGCUAAGCGGAGGAGGAGGCUUUAUGUUAUCCAUCGUCGUCGUUCAAGUCUAUCAACUCUAUAAGCAAGCGUCUCGAAAGUCGAGCGACGCGUGCGUGCAAUGAUCUACACUACGUCGUAGCAAGUAUAUACACUAGGAACUAAGGUAAUAGCGAACUAUCAACUCA